CCUAUGUGGUUGAAUUUAUUUAUCAAUAUAGUUUACAUAAUUAUAUGACAUACAGUAUACCGUGUUAUGACAGAACAUCUAAGAUAAUAAUUACGACACCAAUAAAAAUAAAAAUUUCAAAACCUCACUUACACAUUGCAAAUGCUCCGGCGCAUAAAUCGCUCCUCUCAUGUGCUCUCUCUCUCUCUUUCUGUCUCCUUCUCGAUUGUAUAUAUAUACCAAUACAACCCUCACCAUCUCAUGUCUCUAAUAUUUAUCUUAUAUCAUACACAUUUGACAUAUCAAUGGGAAAUUGCCUUGACAAUGGCCUCGCUGGAGAAGAGGUAGACGAUCUAAUUGAGCCUGAGCCGCCGGUUAAGUUAUUGGAAGAAGGCAAAGCGAGUAUCAGUGGGAAAGAAGAAAGUGAAAGAUCAACGGAAGGAUCAGAAUCUAAGGUGGUAAGGAUAAAAGUUACGGUGACAAAAGAAGAACUUAGACAAAUCUUGGGUCACAAGAAAGGUAUCAACUCCAUUCAACACUUAGUUCAUGUUCUCAAAGAUAGUGGCAGAAACAUCUCCAGGGCUGAUGAAGAAGAGGAACCAAGUGAUGAAAAUUGGAGGCCUUCGUUAGAAAGCAUUCCAGAGAGUGAGAAUCAUUAUUGAAAUUUAUCAUACAUUUAACUAAUAAUCCAAUUUCUCCAGUACUUUUUGACUUUUUUUUUCCAAGAUGACUUUUUAUUUUGUUGUCUGAUUGGUACUUUUUAACCAAUGUUGUCUCAUAAACAUUUUGGUUUUUUCUUUUCUCCUUUUUAGUUUUCUUAUAUUGUCUGUUUCUUCCCGACGAUAUUUGGUGGUGCUUUGUGUUUUUGUUAGAGCACUAAUUAGCUAUUACAUGUCAUUGUGUGCUGUAUUUUGUAAAAGUAUAAUAGAUAUUAUGUGGUUGAAAAAUCAGAAUCUUUUAUA